AUGAUAAAUUAAAAAAGCUUAAGCAUUUUGUAAUUGAUCCCUGAGAAUUUCUAAAGGAGCUCAAAAUCUUUAACAACUAUAAUUAAAAAACAAAUAAACGAAGAUGAAAAGUAAGUGAGACCAAUCAAAUUUCUCUACGUUAAUAAAGAAAAAAAGAACAAAUUAAAUAUAGGACAGGUUGAAAAAUAUGUAAUUUUAAUGGGUAUACUUUAUAGAAAUAAUUACUGAGAACUGGGGCUUCUUCAUUUAUUUUUUAUAUCUAUAAAAAUAAAGAUUGUUAAGAAAAUUACUUCAAUUCUUUAUAGAGAACUGAAAUAAAAGUUCCUUUAGUUGAUACUACUUUAUAAAUUGGCAUUUAUGUUUGGGACCACAUCCAUUAUAUAGAUUAGAAAUCUAUAAAUGUAUAUUAAUUUUAGUGUAUUUUGGGUACUCAAGAAGAUGAAAAUAAUUAACUUUUAUUUGUUGUUAGUUAAUUAGCUAGCAAAAUAGUAGUGAUAAUUGAAAAUUACAAUUAAGAAGAAAUUGAGAUCAUAUAAUAACUAAAAGCUCAUGGAUAUAAAGAUUAAAUAGAUGUUUUUAAUCUUAUAUUUACAAUAAAAAUUCCAAUCUAUUAUAAUAGUGAGGAAGUUAGAUAUAUCGAUAUAUAUGAAAAUAAUUUAUGGGAAAAAGUAUAUGUUUAUAAGAAAUCAUCUAAAGAUACAAUGAGAUUAUGGCAAGAAGAAACAUUAAUGAGUCUAACAAAAAAAACAUACAAGGAUAUAGAAGUAGAUAUUCUAACUGUAUUAUCAGUAGUAAAUUAUUUAAAACAAUUAAAUUUUUCAGAGGAGAAUUGCGAUUUGAUGUAAUAGUAUAAUUUACUAUUAGAUUUCUGAAUGCUAUAAAAAAGUAAAUAGAAUAUAGUAAAAAAGAUAUUUAAGAAUAAUAUAUAUAAGAAAUUUAGAAAUUGUGUUCUAAUUCUAAUCAUUUCUAAUAAAAUUAACUGUUAUUAACAUUAAAUUAGGUAAGAAAUAAUGCAUAAAGUUAAUAUUAUUAACAGUUAUCUUAAUUCUUAAAUUUGGAAGAAUAUUAAAGAUAAUUAAUAGAACUAUCCUAAUUUAUAAAUAAUAUAGAAGAAGACUGUUUGAAUUUAUUUCAUGAUGUAGCUCAUUAGUAAGAAUCAAAUAUAAUUCUAGUGAUUUAUUGUAGAGAAUGAAACAUAAUAUUAAGAGUUCUUAAAAUAAUGAUACCUUUCUAAAUCAUUAUUAAAAUUUCUUAUCUAUGUUAAGAAACUUUGAUGACAUUAUGGGUGUAAAAUAUAAAUAUCUAAAGAGACAUUUCAAAAAAAAGUAUAAUAAAUUACUUCACUUUUACAUAUUAAGCACAUUUGAAAGAGAAUAGAUUGAUUUUAUUGAAUAGAUAGAACUUGACAUAGAAUAAUUACAAAUUACUGUUGAUUAAUUACAAAAUGAAGUUGAAGAAUUUGAAUAUAAAAUUAAGAUAAGUUAAUCUAAACAUCAUACUCGUUAAAGCUCCUUAUAAACAACUGUUGGAAUGGCUUAAAGUUAACAUUAUGAGAGCCUUCAAAAAUUGAAUUAAAAAGUAGAAACUCUAUAAUCCUAAGCUCAUGUAUGGAUCAAAUAAUGA